AAAACAAGCAGCAUUGAGCAUUGCGGUGAGCGGUGAUCUACCGCAGAACAUUCCAGAGUAGGAAAAAUCGCUGAAAAUCGUAGUCAUCCUGAGGUGGUUGGCUACGAAGACGAGGAAUUAAGAUGAGUGCGUUACCAGGCAAUUUAGCCUUCGAUGAAUACGGCCGCCCUUUCAUCAUCCUUCGGGACCAAGACAAGGAAAAGCGGCUCACCGGCACUGACGCCCUCAAGUCGCACAUCAUGGCUGGGCGGACAAUCGCCACCACCCUUAGGUCUUCCCUGGGACCCAAGGGACUGGACAAGAUGAUGGUGUCCUCCGACGGCGACGUUACAGUCACGAACGACGGAGCCACAAUUCUUAAAUUGAUGGACGUUGACCACGAGAUCGCCAAGUUGAUGGUGCAGCUUUCCCAGUCUCAGGAUGACGAAAUUGGUGACGGAACCACCGGUGUUGUUGUCAUGGCUGGCGCCCUCUUGGAGCAGGCAGAGACUCUUUUAGAUAAGGGUAUCCACCCCAUCCGCAUUGCUGAUGGAUUCGAAAUGGCAGCUCAGUGUGCGAUCAAGCGGCUGGAGCAGAUUGCAGACCAUUUCCCAAUCGACCUUAACAACUUGGAGCCCUUGAUUCAGACGGCGAUGACCACACUUGGGUCAAAAAUCGUCAACAAGUGUCACCGUCAAAUGGCAGAAAUCGCUGUUAACGCUGUGAUGGCCGUGGCCGACCUUGAAAAGAGGGAUGUUAAUUUUGAACUGAUCAAAUUAGAAGGAAAAGUUGGGGGCCGCCUGGAGGACACAAUGCUGGUCAGGGGAGUCAUUGUGGACAAGGACUUCUCACACCCACAGAUGCCCAAGGAGUUAAAGGACGUCAAAUUGGCGAUCCUGACCUGUCCGUUUGAGCCCCCUAAGCCAAAGACCAAGCAUAAGUUGGACGUCACCUCUGUGGAGGAUUACCACGCGCUGCGCAAGUAUGAGCAGGAAAAGUUCAGCGAGAUGGUGCAGCAAGUCAAGGACACCGGCGCGACUCUGGCCAUCUGCCAGUGGGGCUUCGAUGACGAGGCCAAUCACUUGCUCCUUCAGAGAAACCUGCCUGCCGUGCGGUGGGUAGGAGGCCCUGAGAUCGAGCUGAUUGCGAUCGCCACUGGUGGCCGAAUUGUGCCCAGGUUUGAGGAGAUCAGCGCCGAUAAGCUUGGCUACGCAGGAAGGGUGAAGGAGCUGCAGUUUGGAACCACCAAGGAGAGGAUGCUUGUCAUUGAAGAGUGUCGCAACUCGAAGGCUGUUACGAUUUUCAUUCGUGGUGGAAACAAGAUGAUUGUGGAAGAGGCGAAACGCAGUCUUCACGAUGCCCUUUGCGUCAUCAGAAACCUGGUGAAGGACGACAGGGUUGUGUAUGGAGGUGGUGCUGCUGAAAUUGCCUGUUCGAUUGCAGUGGCAGAGGAGGCCAACAAGAUCUCAUCACUAGAACAGUAUGCCUUCCGUGCUUUUGCUGAAGCGUUGGAAGCCGUACCUCUCGCCUUGGCAGAGAACUCCGGUCUCUCCCCAAUUGAGACUCUGAGUGAGGUUAGGUCCCGCCAGGUCAAGGAGAAUAAUCCUGCGCUGGGAGUUGACUGCAUGCUGAAGGGUACCUGCGAUAUGAAGGAACAACACGUAAUUGAAACUCUGCACUCGAAAAAACAGCAACUUGUGUUGGCUUCGCAGCUGGUAAAGAUGAUCCUUAAGAUUGAUGACAUCCGCUCAGCAAACGAAUCCGAGGGUUACUAAAAAAUAGUUGCUGCACUUCCAAUUUGUUUUUCUUUGCUAAUAAUUAUAUUUAUCACUGAAAUCACUCAACGAUCUAAUUUUCUUAAUUUUUGUCUCUUAAUCCAUUUAAUAAACUUGCAAUGCCUGCUUACAAAAUUAAAAUCAAAGUUUCAUUGUACCGAAGUUUGACGAAAGGGUAAAAUGAUAGUCUGGAUUAGUGUUUUGUCUCCUCAUGAUACAUUAUCUGAUAAUACUUUUAUUCGCACCAACAACAGAUAUACAUAUUUCCACAAGCAAUAACCAAUCGGUAAUGAUAAUUGAUCUAUCAACCAGUGACUUACGUAGAAUUAACACUUUAAUUACGCUGAAUGUCAAUUUUGUAAUAAUUAUAUCUUAGGUAUAAAUAUAAUUUCUGCUCGCGGAGAUAAUCUCUUUGCACUACUUACUUUUCAAUUAAGAUUCUUGCUGCGUGUCUGUGAGUGGGUGUUGUUCGUGUGUGUACUUAUAGUCGUAUAAAUAUCAAUUUGCAAUCUUUUGCUCGUUUGGUUAUUCAAUGUCGUGAUGAUUGCUAUACGGUAAUAAUUAUCGAUUUGCUAGAAAUAAAUGAUCGCGGCUACUUGUGAUCCUAACACCCAUGUUCAUAAGUUUACAAUAGAAGAAAUAGCGCGCAAGAGACCUGUAAUUCUCCACGUGAGCUCAUCACAGGGGAUUUAACCCUAGGUUCAUACAUCCUUUGUAGGAAUAAGCCGGAAAACCGAAAGUGCAUCUCCGAGAAAGUCAUGCUAGUCAUGAGUUGCAAACGUUGCGUAGCGCACGAGAUUCAAAUAAUUGAAACGACAUUUUGUCCGUACAAACAUUCAAGAUGCGUGAUAUACACUUAACCACAUUGAUUGCGAGUUGAAAUUCAUUCUUUAUACAAAAGUUGCAUUUAUAAGAUAUUAUCUUUUUUACCGAGGGAUUACAAAUUAUUUAUUUUUCCGCCUAAUUUGGCCUUGUGUUUGCUUAAUAUCAUCUGAGUUCGUGGCUUGAUACAUUUUAUUGAGCACGUGUUUGGCCACACGCUGGAGCGCCUCCGGAAGUCAAUAGAAUUCAAAACAAUAUGAUUUGCAUCUGCGUCAACACACUCAACAACGGAUGCUAAAUUAUGCAAAUUUCUGCUUCCGAAUCUGAAGGAAUAACGCAAUCACACUGUCAUAUUUGCUAGGGGAGGAAUAAUUGAUCACCAGGAUUGGCUCUUGACGUGUGUGAAUCGAAAAUCGACGCUAAUUUUUUUCUGCUGGAAGCAGACUGGUUGCAACAUUUGUUUCUAAGGGCUCUUAGAACUCAAAACUCACUAAUAAUAGCGUUCGUAAAGAUUAAAA